AUGGAGGCAGCAAUCAAACAAUCUGCUACAUCGCAGGCUCAGGAAGAUUGUAUGGCAGACGAUGAUAUUCACCGGUUACUUCUUGAGGCUGAGGAAAGGUUGCGAGCUACGAAAACCACGAACGAUAACACUGAUGCCUUAGUGCCAAGCGUUCCGAAGCUCUUACCAGACACUUCCCUCCAACCAUAUGUCCGCCAGCAAAAUGAUGUUGCAACGGCAGAUCCCUCUGCUCGUAUUCCUCAUGAUCUCAAAAAGAAUGCAGCCAACACGUCGGAGUUGGCGAAGGUCAAUCCAGUGAAGGGCCAAGCGCAGAAAAAGGAAAAACCCACCGCAGGUGACGAUUGGUUCAACCUUCCCAAGACCGAAUUAACCCCCGAACUCAAAAGAGACCUCCAAAUGCUCAGGAUGCGAUCCGUGCUAGACCCCAAAAGACAUUACAAGAAGGAAAACGGCAAAUUCAAAGUUCCUACCUACUCCCAGGUGGGAACCAUCAUCGAAGGCCCAACAGAAUUCUUCAGUGGCCGCAUCGCCAAGAAAGACCGCAAGAAGACAUUCGUUGAAGAAGCCAUGGUUCAGGAGAGGGAGACUCGUCGUUUCGAGUCCAAAUACAGAGACAUCCAGGCUGCGAAGCAGAGUGGUAAGAAGUCUUACUACAACAAGCUGCGAGCCAAGAGGAACACCAGAGGCAAGUGA